UUACCCCCUUACCCAACUACAUACUGCAGAUUCUUUUGCCUGCGAACUAAUGGUAACCGCAGAGACUCCCCCCUCAAACUCGAGAGCUCAAACAGAGAUUGACAAUGAGCUUGAGGCGCUUGAGGAGAGAAUGCGAGCUCUUCGGACUCGCCGAAAUAAUUUCUCUCCCAUAUCCUCCAUUCCUCCAGAGAUUCUUGGUGCUAUUUUCGUUCAUCAUGUUCAGCAGACGCAGUCAUGUUAUCCUCUUGACAACCGCUUUGUUCUUUUAUGGCUUAAAGUCGGACAUAUUUGUCACCACUGGCGCGAGGUUGCUCUGGGGACACCAGAGCUAUGGGCCACUCCGUUUCUAAACUCCUCACGGGUCACGGAGGAGAUGCUCAUGAGAUCUAAAAUGGCACCAUUCAAGUUAAACUUGAGACGCGGCCUGGAAUAUCGUAUGGAAGCUGUCCAAAUGGUGUUGAUGAACAUAGAGCGUUUGCAAGAGGUAUCAUCAUAUUCUGCUCCCAAAUUACGAUCGCUUCUUUUGGAAGCAGGGUCUAGUCAAACACCACGGAUAGCAAUCCCGACUUCUUUUCUCGCGCCAAACCUUCGCAGCCUUCAAAUCAAGUAUUGUGACAUAUCAUGGUCAUCUUCAAUCCUUACAGGACUCACUGUCCUUAGUAUCGAAAAAUUAUCACCGGAAUAUCUUCCGACUUUAGACGAGUUGAUCUCUGCGCUCCGUCGUAUGCCUGCUCUGCACACUCUCGAGUUAGACGAUGCUCUCCCGACCCUUCCCCCAAAAACGACGUCACUCCCUUGCGCACCUCGUGUCCUGAAUGUUCGACUUCCUCACUUGAAGCGAUUACGUUUGAUCGCGAAAGUUUUGGAAGUGGCCAACGUGUUGGCUUGCGUAGAGUUACCUAACUCAACAAUGUUGAACGUUCAACUCAAAUGCAGAGUGUCUUCAUCUAUGAAUCCGGAUCAAGAAUGGAAUUUGUGCCUCCCCAUCAUCUCCCAUGUCUUGGAAAAUUGCUUCAAAGCUAUUCCAGCUGAGUCUUGCCGAGUUCCGCGUUUCCUGCGAUUGGUUGCCAUUUCUUCCACAAUUCAUAUGCAAUAUAGGACAGCCUGGAACCCUUCUUCGUGGGUUGGGCCACUGACUGAUAUUUGUCUGGAUUCGGAGUGGGCGGCGGAAUACCCCGUCGUUCUUGACUUCGGCUUUCCAAGUGAAAUAAGUACGACAAUUCUUAGCGACUUAUGGCAGCUCGUCCCUUUUAGGAGUCUCGAAGCCUUGUGGAUCGAAGGUUUCUUCGCUUGUUGGGAUGGUUUCUGGACUAAUUUUCUUGGCCGCGGCGCCGCUCGCAAUCUUGAAUACAUCUACUUGCGAGGAACACUCAAAGCUCUUGAAGAUCUUCUCGUAUCCUUGCGCUCACAGAAGCACAGCAUAGCGCGGUCUAUAGGCGGGCGAUCACAAGAAACACAAAUUUUUGCCCCAGCACUCUCCCAUCUUGCCCUUGACCGCAUGGAGUUCGACCCCUCCUUUUCGUCCUUUACGCGGACCACUGACCUCCUUGAUGUGCUCGUCGAUCGUGUCAACGAAGGUCGGGGACUAGACCAUCUUACGAUCACUAGAUGUACGGGUAUCAGUGCCCACGACGUGCGGUUGUUGCAGGAAGUGGUAGCCGACAUCGACUGGGAUGGAUAUGAAAGAUUCUAUGAAGACGACUAUGACUCAUUCGAAGAUGGGAAUGAGGACGAUCACGGUUUCUACAGUGAUGGAUACGAUUCAGCCGUUUCGUAGCUAGGACUUAUCCUUACGCCGUGAUACUUCCUACGCGAAUCACGUUCGCUUCAAUAACAAACAUACGUAGGUACUGUAUACACUCGGUACGCAAUGUAUUUUUUAACAGUGGGUGUCAUUUCUCGUACUUGCUA